AUGAAGGCUAUCAUCGCGAUUGUCCUGGCCACGGUAAUUUCGGCCAUGGCUCAGGUCGCCACUGUCUCUGAGCCUGCUCUUUCCGAAAUUCAUGCUGCGGCCGCUACCAUCAAGCCCCAGGUGACCACCUCUGACGUGAAGGGACUGGUGUUUGAUCGCUUCUACCAGGUCUGGUUGGAGAACAUUGACUUCGAGGACUCUGCUGCGGACGAGAACAUGAAAUGGCUCGCAUCCCAAGGAAUCCUUCUGACCAACUUCUAUGCUGUCACCCAUCCUUCUGAGCCCAACUACUGCGCCGCCGCCGGCGGUGACACUUUCGGAAUGGACAAUGACGACUUCAAGCAGAUGCCCGCCAACAUCUCUUCUAUUGCCGAUCUCCUUGCCACCAAGAAGAUCUCCUGGGCUGAGUAUCAGGAGCACAUCCCUCAUGCUGGCUUUCAGGGAAUGAACUAUUCCAACCAGGAAACUCAAGCCCAUGACUACGUCCGCAAGCAUAACCCCCUGGUUCUCUACGACACCGUUGUCUCCGACGAAGGACGUGCACGUUCGAUCAAAAGCUUCGAUGACUUCGAGAACGACCUCAAGGACAAGAAGCUUCCUCAGUGGGCUUUUAUUACCCCGAACAUGACCAACGAUGCCCAUGACACCAACAUCACCUUUGCCGCCAAGUGGGAGCGUCCCUGGCUGGCUAACCUGCUCAAGAACGAGUACUUCAUGAAGGAUACUGUCGUCCUUCUGACCUUCGAUGAAGAUCAGCACUACGAGCAUGACAACCGAAUCUUCAGCGUGCUUGUCGGUGGUGCCAUUCCGGAACACCUCCAAGGUACAACCGACGACACUUUCUACACUCACUAUUCGAGCAUCGCCACUGUCUCUGCUAACUGGGGCCUCCCAUCUUUGGGUCGCUGGGAUUGCGGUGCCAACAUCUUCGAUAUCGUGGCCAACAAGACUGGAUACGUCAAUUACCACGUCGACAAGACUCACCUGAGCCUCAACCAGACCUACCCUGGUCCCAUGUCCAUUGGUGAUAAAGAGACUGGUCUUACCUCCACCUUCUUGGCUGAGUGGCCCAUUCCUCUCACAAACGGUGACUGCUCGGCUGGCCAUGGUAUCUUAGAUAUUGUCAAGAAGACUUACGGCAAUCUGACUGCGACCUACAACUACACCAGCCCCUACCCCUGGGACUCCAAGCACAAUUACAACGUGAAGGUCACUGCUACUCGCAAGACUAACAGCGCCUCCUCUUCCAACGAGAAGAAUGUGACAUCUGUUCCUACUGCCCACACGGGCACCGGAUUUGCUGCCACAGUUCCCAGCUCGACUGUUGUUCUGGCAGCUGCUCUGGCAGCUUACUUCCUGUUCUAA